CCAUUGCUUAUGGUACCAUUUAGCCAGACUAACAAUCAUUUGUGGGUAACGGACGUUGGCGGGUUAGGCCUGUUUCGGAGUUGGCGUUCAAAUUAUCGAAGAAGUAGUUGAGUAGGGGGUUGAGUUCAGGACUCAAUGCAGACCAGCAGGUUGUUUGACAUUCAUGUUCCCAAACCGUUUCGUUAUGGACCUCGCUUUGUGAAAGAAAUUUACCUUUCCCUAACGUUUGUGGCACGGAAUAGUCUAUAAUGUUGUUGUAUGCUGUAGCGUUAAAAUGUCCCUAGCGAAGUUAAAUGCAUUUCGGCUGGUAUAGCGUUCUCUCUCCAUCCUCCAAGCUCAGAUCCGUCAGUUGGCUGACGGGAAACGUUACCCCAGAAUCCAGCCGACGUGUUCUCACUUUCCUUGGAGUGUGGGGAUGCUUCUUCAUGGAAACGCAUUCCACUAAGCAAGCGACGACGAGUAAUUGUGCUGGUUGCUCUCAGGCAGAAAGCGCAACUCGACAGCGAGAUUUGUAACGGGUCAUUGCGGUGGGAACAUGUUUUAAUUAGGGGGCGCAGAUAAUGGUUGAGUGCGGGACGGUAUCAAGAACAGACCAACUACCUGAACGCGUCAGUGGCGGUUGAACGGUGACAGUCAGUAUUCGAUGGCAGUGUGGAGAGGGGGUGCGGGGCUGAGAUGAACGAGGAAGCGCUUCUGGAGGAGACCAUGUUCAAGCGGUCCCAGCAGAAGAAGAGAACAUCGCCAUUGAAUUAUAAGGAGAGGGUCUUCGUCCUCACCAAGGCCAAGCUCACAUACUAUGAGGGCAAAGCAGAGAAGAAAUUCAAGAAGGGUUCGAUUGACCUCCAGAGAAUUCGCUGUGUGGAGAUUGUGAAGAAUUCCGGAGGGGUCAUACCAUGUCAGAAUAAAUACCCCUUCCAGGUGGUGUAUGACUCCAGUACUCUAUAUGUUUUUGCUCCCAGUCACGAGAGCAGAAGCACCUGGGUUCAAAGCAUGAAGGAAGAGAUCAAGCUGAACUCUGGGAUUGUGGCUAAGUUCCACCCUCAGUUCUGGAUGGACGGUUUUUGGCUGUGUUGUCGUCAGGUGGAGAAACUGGCCCUGGGCUGUGAGCAGUACAAUCUGUAUGGAGACAUUUCGAGAAAACCUCUUCCUCCCAUUCCUGGACAACAAGACCAACUGGGUAGAAACCAAACAGAAGUGACCAUGGCUCCUUCCUCCAAGUCCCGCCGCCCGCCUCCCCCCCUGCCCGUUGACUGCAGCCCCCCUGUCGUAGGGGAGGAAGAAGAAGAAGUGGUGAUAGCCCUGUAUGACUUCAAUGGUUCUGAGCCACAUGACCUGAGGCUAGUGAAGGGAGAAGAAUACACCAUAGUGGAGAAAGUGGACAUCAACUGGCACAAGGCUCGGAACAGAUACGGAGAGGAGGGGUUCAUCCCCAGCAACUAUGUAACUGAGAAGAAGUCAGGCAACUUGGAGCAGUAUGAUUGGUACUGUAAAAACAUCAACAGGAAUAAAGCUGAAGAGCUCCUUAAGAUAGAGGAUAAAGAGGGGGGGUUCAUGGUGAGAGACUCCAGUAGCCAUGCUCGCUACACUGUCUCCCUCUACGCCAAGUCCGCUGGGUACACAUCAAGUGAGGGGAGUACCGUGGCCAUAAGGCACUACCACAUCAAGGAGACCCAAGUGGAAGGUGCCAGGUACUUCUACCUAGCGGAGAAACACCUUUUCAGCUCCAUACCAGACCUCAUAGAAUACCACAAACACAACGCCGCAGGUCUGGUUGCCAGGUUGAGAUAUCCGGUUGGGAGGGAGGACAGACCAGCACCCACUACGGCGGGUUUCAGCUACGAGAAGUGGGAGAUCAACCCCAGCGAGCUGACCUUCAUGAAGGAGCUGGGCAGCGGUCAGUACGGCGUGGUCCGUCUGGGCAAGUGGAGGGCACAACACAAGGUAGCCAUUAAGGCCAUCAGGGAGGGAGCCAUGCUGGAAGAGGACUUCAUAGAGGAGGCCAAGGUCAUGAUGCGUCUCUCGCACUGUAAGCUGGUACAGUUGUAUGGGGUGUGCACCCAGCAGAAGCCCAUCUAUAUUGUGACAGAGUUCAUGGAGCUGGGAUGUCUGCUUAAUUACAUCCGGCAGCGUCGGGGCAGCUUCAGCACGGGGUCCUUACUGAGUAUCUGCCAGGACGUAUCAGAGGGCAUGGAACACCUGGAGGCCAACGGCUUCAUCCACAGAGACCUGGCAGCGAGGAACUGUCUGGUGAAUGAAGCUUUGGUGGUGAAGGUGUCUGAUUUUGGGAUGGCCAGGCCUGUGCUGGAUGACCAGUAUACCAGUUCAUCAGGAAGUAAGUUCCCCGUGAAGUGGUCUCCUCCUGAGGUGUUCAACUUCUGCAAGUUCAGCAGCAAGUCUGACGUCUGGUCGUUUGGUGUGUUGAUGUGGGAGGUGUUCACAGAGGGGAAGAUGCCAUUUGAACACAACCCCAACCACCAAGUGGUCAUGAUGGUGUCACAGGGCCAUCGCCUCUAUAGACCCCAGAAGGCCACGCCCAGCAUCUAUGACAUCAUGAAGCUUUGUUGGCACGAGAGACCGGACGAGAGACCAGCUUUCUCUGAGAUUUCCACGUUGAUCUCGGAAACUCUGGAGACAGAUGGAUCUUCCUCUACCUGAACAAAGCAGAUUAGAUCCUCUUCCUAAUCUGAACUCACUAAUUGGAUCCUCAGAUCCACACAGAACAGAACUGGUGACCAAUUCCGAUGGAGGACUUGCUGAGCCACUCUCUGCUCUUAUCAGUCUCUCCAGAUUUUUUUGUGGGACAUGAUGCCACUUUUCAGAAAGUCCCAGGUUUUCUGGAAAUCCUGGUUAGAAAAGGUUUGCAUGAGCAAGAUAUUCCUGGAAUAACCCAAAUGGCACUUUUGGAAAACUUUUUGUGAAUGUUUCAGAUGUUUGCAAAUUAAAGACUGAUGACCCUCGGGACUCUGAAGUGCUGUUUACUGCUUCACAACUUUCUCCCCUGCUGACACGCCUCUGCUGUGGCUGGCAGCCGGAUUGGCUGACAGGCUCCUGGCUGGCAGCCGGAUUGGCUGACAGGCUCCUGACUGGCUGACGGAUUCCUGAUUGGCUGACAGGCUCCUGACUGGCUGACAGGCUCCUGAUUGGCUGACAGGCUCCUGAUUGGCUGACAGGCUCCUGAUUGGCUGACAGGCUUCCUCCAUGGCUGAUAGAGCUUCUCCCCCUCCUUACAAGACAUACUGUACUAUCCUUUCAUCCUGUUUCAUCUCCAUUCAUUCUCCAGCCAUUUCUGUUCGGGCUGAACACAUUUUACCGUUUGCAUUUUUACCACAAAGCUUGUCGUGUUAGCAUAGCGGUAUGCUAAUUAAUAUUCUCCUGUUAGCAUUGCAGCAUGUUUUUGUUCAUACAUUUUCUUCUGUAAACAUUGCAGUAUGUUUAUUCACUUUCUUUUGUUAGCAUAUACCUUACCGAUGCUAUUACACCUCAUCACAGCUUGAAUGUUAUUAAGGAAGCACAUUUAAAGGACUCUGUAUCCUGUACAGGCAAUGGCAGAUAUAUAAGGACGUCCUCCCUCUCUACAGUCACCGUGUUGUCCAGUCCUCCCUAACUCAAGAGGGUCCGGCACAUAGAAAUAUAAUAAAUAGAACAGGCUUGGAACCUCUAAGUCAUUUAGCUGGACCGAUGAGCCUGUGGGCACACUUUCAGUGACUGCCAGUGCACACGUUAUUAUGCCACAAUUUACUUGAAUAGGGAUGCCUGUUCUAUACAUUAUAUUUCUAGGGUUCCUUGACUCUAGACUGACCCGAUGCCAGAUAGCUGUUAUGCAACUUGGUGGCCACGUAGGUUGUGUAACAUGGUCUAAGGUGCUUUUUUGUAGCACCAAGCUGACCAGGAUGCCUAGAAGGAAGGCAUGCAGCAAUCUUCAACUCUCCUAGAUCUGUAUUUUUUUUUGGGGGGGGGGGGUCAUUACUGUUUUUUUUUAAGAGGAAUAAAAUAAAAUAUACUGUAUUGAUGCUCAGUUGUUUUACUGUGACACUGGACAUGUAACAAGAUUAAAUUAUAUAACACAA